AUGGCUGUUCGCUAUGACAAAUUGGUCCGAGUGGCCAGGUCUGCGAAGUUGACCUAUAUUUUACUGUUUUUGGUGGCAGUUGCGUAUUGGCGAUCGGGAACCCGUACUAAUGAGGAGCCCGUGGUUCAAUUGAUAGAGAAGACCAAAGAGGGAUCCGAUAAAGGGUCCUCCAAAAAGGUGGACGAGAUAGCAAUGCAAUCCAAGUGGUUCAAAGGUCUCAAGACAGACAGAUUGUGCCCCGACUACGUGGAAUACUCGAAACAAAAACACCCUCCAUACUCAACAGGCCCGUUGAAACUCGCUUAUAUGAGACCGUCGGAGAAUUGCCGGACCUUUUCGAGCGAGGCGGUGGAAUCGGUGAUUGAGGAUAUGCGGGCUCGAAUCCAGGACCCGGACCUGUUCCGAUUGUUUGAGAACGCGUUCCCCAACACACUGGACACCACCGUUCUGUGGCACGACCCGCUCAACAAAGAGACCAAAUCCCCGUUGACGUUUAUCUCCACGGGAGAUAUCCACGCGGAAUGGCUGCGCGACUCCGCCAGACAGCUCAGCGUGUAUCUGCCGCUUGUCAAGAAAGACCCGAAGCUCAAAACGAUGAUCGAGGGCGCGAUUAUCCAGCAGGCGUUGUAUAUCCGCAGAGCACCGUACUGCAACGCUUUCCAGCCCCCACAGGGCUCGAACGUGGACCGCAAGCCGUCCAGUAUCGACUUUGUAGGCCCGCGGCCGCCGUGGAAGCACGUGUUUGAGUGCAAGUGGGAGCUGGACUCGCUGGCCUCGUUUCUCACCUUGAGCAACGGCUACUACAAACAUUCCAAGGACUUCUCGAUCUUCAACAACCCAGUGUGGCAGGACGCGUUCCAGAUGAUCCUGGUGGUUCUGCACCGCGAGUCGUCUCCGACGUUCGACGACAAUGGCGACCUGCUGCCGUUCUACUACACUUUCCAAAGAGACACCAGGAGCGGGACAGAAACGCUCGGUCUUUCGGGCUCGGGCAACCCAGUUCGUGGCCACACGGGGCUGGUGCGCUCGGCUUUUAGGCCGUCUGACGAUGCGUGCAUCUAUCAGCUAUUUAUCCCGGCCAACGCGCAGAUGCAGGUCGAACUCAGCCUGGUGGAGCCCGUGCUGCGCGAGCUGGGUCUUGCCAGUUUUGCGGACCAGGCUGCGGAGUCUGCCGCCGCCAUUCGCGAAGGAAUCCGCCAGUACGGCGUGGUGGACCACAAGACGUUCGGCAAAGUGCUCGCGUAUGAGGUGGAUGGUUUUGGCGGUGUGAACAUCAUGGACGAUGCAAACAUCCCGUCGCUGCUGGCGCUGCCAGACAUGGGCUUUGUCGACCAGGACGACGAGAUUUACCAGAACACCCGUCGCAUGAUCCUGUCCAAAGACGGCAACCCGUACUACUUCAAGGGGGCCUACUUCGAGGGCAUUGGGGGCCCGCACAUUGGACUUUCGAACGCGUGGCCGAUGUCGCUGCUGCUGCAGAUUCGUACCACCGACGACGACGAGGAGAUCCGCCAGCUGCUGGACCUUGUCAAGACCACCACGGCCGGACUGGGCCUCAUGCACGAGAGCAUCCACGUCAACUCGCCCAGACACGACUACACGCGGCCGUGGUUCAGCUGGUGCAACAGCGAGUUUGGCAAGACUAUCCUGGACCUUGCGCACCGCAAACCACACCUCAUCUUCGGCCCAGACCGCCUGGACCCGUACGUGGUGUGA